AUGCCGGUGACACAGCAGGAACGGCAUCCAUCUAGACAUUGCGCCGCGUCCGCGACCGCGAUCGCGACUAACACCUCCUCCAUUGCGAACGCCACGAGCCGACUGACACGCGCAGCAACCAUGCCUCCUUUCCAAAAUGCACGACCACACUACAAGCGCAGAACACUUCGCAUAUGGAAUAACCAAGUUGGGCCGGACCUGCGCGACCCGGAGCUUCUUUGGGGUAUGGACUGGGAGCGCUUCAACACUGUUCGGAUUCCCGUUCUGGAGGAGGACGAAUAUUUCGAGCGCGCACUGGAAAUUGCAAAGGGUGCCAAAGACAGAGAAGAUUUUGAGAGAAGCUUUAGGGAGAGAAACGCAAAGGACUGGGCGGAGCUGUUGGAUUUGAUGUCUGACAUCACAAGACAUACUCUCUAUAAUGACGAAAGAGACGUCUUUCCAUGUCGUGAUGCUUGGUGGAAAACGCGCAAAGCGUCUCAAACAGGCUCUUUGAUGGAUUUCGUCAGGCUAUUGAAGGGCGUUGCUUUUGGGUGGGAAGCGGAUGAGGUCCGCGAAACACAAGUUGAUAACCCUCUAAGCGGCGAGGAGGCGCCCGCUGGCGCGGAAUACACUGGCCAAGAGGAAGUAUUUCCCGAGUUGGAGGAUCUCGACUGGGAAGAAGAACAGGCACUGCGCGGUGAUUAUAGCGACUCUGUGAUUUUUCACGGGACUUACACAUACUUCCCAGCUUCUGAGCCUGCGUCAAAGGCUCCUGAUGCGGCUCUCUAUGCUGCGCCUUCAGGAAUGGCGUCUAGUUCAGAAGAUGACGGAUCAAAGGAAGCCCAACGUCUACAGCGGAAGCGCAAGAGACUACGAUUCAGCGAUGAUAUUGUCCAGGUUCCUGAGCCCAAUCAAGCUUCUAGUCCACGUUCCGCGGACGAUGGAAGCGUAACAGGCGAAAGACAACUCCCUGGCGAUGGCAACGAUCGAGCAUCUAAACGUCAAAAACUGGACGACUCUACUACAGGAUCACAUACUAACCCUUCCUGUCAGCAUGAUCAAAGCACCCUAAAGAAAAGGCCUAUACGUGAUGAUGAUGAUGAUGAUGAUGAUGAUGACGGUGAUGGUGAGCAAAGGCAUAAACGCACAAACGUCAAAGACGCGACGCUUCUUCCCGGCAACAAGCAGAGGCAAAUCGUUCUGGACGCAGCCGUCGAAAACGAAGCAACGCCAACCGCGCGCCUGCAGACAUCAAGACUCGGUCUUUGA